CGAGGUAGUGGUUUCCCAGAAAAGGGGAAAAGAAGGAAGGGAAGGGCGAGAGGCAGAGAGAGAGAGCAAAGCAAACUCCGUAUUAUUUAUUAUACGUAUCCCACCCAAAAUUAAGUUGGCUGCGGCCGGCACAUAUACAUACAUACAUACUCCGUAUAAAAUUAAGAAUUGAUGCACGGAGGGGGAAUAGAGGAAAUAUAAAGGGCGGGCGGAGGUGAGCAGAAACAGAGUAGGUGGGGAAAUGGCAAAAACCACAUCAAAAAGGGACAAUAGCAGUGGCAGCGCCGGCGCCGGCGUUGCUAAUAAAGUGAAACGAACGCGGAAAAGCGUACCCAGAGAGUCUCCUCCGCAGCGCAGCUCCGCUUAUAGAGGUGUCACCAAGCACCGGUGGACCGGGCGAUAUGAAGCUCAUUUAUGGGAUAAGAACUGCUGGAAUGAAGCACAGAGUAAGAAAGGAAGACAAGUAUAUUUAGGCGCGUAUGACGAAGAAGAAGCAGCAGCACAUGCAUAUGACUUGGCAGCAUUGAAGUAUUGGGGACAACAUACCAUUCUUAAUUUCCCUCUUGAUGCUUAUGAGAAGGAGAUACAGGAGAUGGAAGGCCAGUCCAAAGAAGAGUAUAUUGGUUCUUUGAGAAGAAAGAGCAGUGGAUUUUCCAGAGGUGUUUCAAAAUAUCGUGGUGUAGCAAGGCACCAUCACAACGGACGAUGGGAAGCUCGCAUUGGAAGGGUCUUUGGCAAUAAAUAUUUAUAUCUUGGAACUUAUGCUACUCAAGAGGAAGCAGCGACGGCUUAUGACAUGGCAGCCAUAGAGUACCGCGGGCUUAACGCUGUGACCAACUUUGACCUCAGCCGUUACAUCAACUGCCUACCCCCGGACCAAAACUCCCACCCUCGCAGUGACGGCGUAAGUCAAGACGAUGGGCCGCUGACCAGCCAAAAAGUAGGGUUGAUCGGCUUCCUCCACCAACAAAGCUCCCCGGAGACUGCUUCUCCCCCGCCGCCUGAUCAGAAUUGUCCGACAACGCCACCACCACAAAGGCGGAGCUUCCCGGACGACAUACAAACAUAUUUUGACUGCCACGAAUUGAGCGGCUUCGCCGAGGAACACGACAUCAUUUUUGGCGACCUAAACACGUUUGAAUCGUCUAUUUUCCAAUGUGUACUUGAUGAGUAGCAGACAUGAUACUUGCAUGCAUGCACGCACGCACCAUCUCUCCUGCUUCAAUCUCCCUUCUAUUUUUUUUAUUCUUACGUACGUUAUUUGUUUGGUAAUUUAGAAAGAAAUAAUAUCAUAGAGUAUCAUAUCAUAUACGUAGUAAUAUAACACGACUAUAAUAUAGCCAGGGAUUUUCACCUAUAUGUGCGAUGACUCAGUUGAAAAACACAAGAUAAGAGCGAGUUGUGUAUGGUGAAAUGUGG